GCUCCGCCGCCGCCGCUCGCGUUGCUCUCGCAGCCACACCCUCCCUUUCUCCAUCCCCGUCUCCGUCUGGCACGCGGGCAGCUGUGCGGGACCGACUCUCGGUGCGUGCGUCUUGCCUGUCGUGCACCCGCAGCAUCAGCAACACAAAAGGGCUCGGAGCAGCCGGGGGACCAGGGGUUUUGAUUCAGCGUCGAUCGGAGGGAAGAACCGCCUUCUGACACAAAGGCUUAUCUGACGGGGAAACAAAGUGUCACUUUGUGCCUCCUCAGCACAGUGGCACUAACAGACACAGGAGGACGCCCAUCUCCCCUCAGUCAGCACCACCCCGGCCCCAGCAAGACACUCCUCCUCCCCCUAAGACUGCACAUGCGCUCCUCUCUGAUGCACAUAGCGGAGACGGCAGGGCAAAUUCCAGCCCUUCAGACGGCUGUUCGGGAAGAAGAAGAAGCGGGAAGCUAAAAGGAGCUUUGAUGGAGCAGAGUUAAAAGCAAGUUUUUCAACUGGGGAAGUGUGCAGUGGAGUUGUGUCUGACAAUGAGGAGUCUAAUAAAAAUCUGAGGGACUUAAAUCCCAUUGGAUCUCGAGCUCUCUCCCACGACAGCAUCUUUAUCCCAGAGGAGCCGUUGAAGGAACUCGGUCUGGAUCACAGCAUGUCCCAGGAAAACGUUUCAGAUAAAGUUAGGAACCUGCAGAGGCAGAUUGCACAAGGUAUAAAGUUCGGCCAGAGGCCUUCUUCUCUUCGCAGAAGUGAGGGAGAUGAGGGAAGUUCAGAUGAGGAAGAGGUUCCCCGAAGCCCUCUGAGGGUUUUGGCCCAGGUAGAAGCCGAGCCACCAAAAAUGGAACCAAAGGUCCAAGGAGCUCAAUCAUCCGGGCAGCACAGCACGCCAGUAAAGUCCCCCAGGUCCAAACGGGUUCUCCAACCCUCCGGUACCAUCGAGUCUAUCAACCUGGACGCCGUCCCCCAGUCUGUCCCUCGCCUGGACAACACGGCUGCCAAGCAUAAACUUUCAGUCAAACCGAAAAACCAGAGGAUUUCCCGCAAACACCGACGGUUCACACUGGACCUCCAGGAGGUGUCUAUCCCUGGAGUCAUGCAGGAGGACAUGGAGGCAGCCGGGGUGUUCUCAGAUGAUCAGCGCAGAGCAUCUCUGGAGUCCUCCAAAGAAAGCUUGAAGAAACAGAGACUCUAUGAGGAGGAAAUACUGGAGGCCAGGCGGAGGAGGGAGGUGGAGGAGCAGAAGCUCAGAGAGGAAGCGGAGGAGAGGAGGAGGAGGGCGGAGGAGCUGAGGCUGCGUGAGCUGGAGGAGGAGAGGUGUCGCAGGAAACAGCAGGAAGAACAAGAGAAGAGGAUGAGAGAGGAGGCGGAGAGGAGGAGGAAAGAGGAGGAGGAGCAAAAGCGAGUCAGGGAAGAGGAGGAAAAACGGAGGCGAGAAGAGGCAGAUAGACGGAGGAGAGAGGAGGAGGAUAGAAGGAUGAAAGAAGAGGAAGAAAGAAGGAUGCGGGAGGAGGCCGAGAGAAGGAGAAGGGAGGAGGAGGAAAGGAAGAUGCGACAGGAAGCAGAGAGGAUGCGGAGAGAGGAGGAGGAAAGGAGAAUAAGGGAAGAAGAAGAAAGGAGGAGGCAGGAGGAGGAAGAGCUAGUACGAAAGCUGGAAGAGGAGAGGAGAAAGCGAGAAGAGGAGCGCCGGCAACGAGAGGAAGAAGAUAGGAGGCGACUGGAAGAGCAGAAGCAAAGAGAGGAAGAGGAAAGGAAGAAACGCGAGGAGGAAGAAAGGAGGAAGCGAGAGGAGGCGGUGGCAAGGAGGCAACAGGAACUUGAGGCCGAGAAGCGCAAAAGACAAAAAGAGGAAGAAGAGGAAAGAAAGAAAAAGGACCAGAAACUAAAGCUGAGGCAGACGGAGCAAAACAAAUACUUGGAACUGGAGGAGCAGAAGAAGAAAUUGAGAGAAGAGGCUGCCGGGGGCUCUGAUGAACAGGAGAGGAAGCGGAGAGCUGAGGAGCAGCGCUGGAGGGAGAUGGAGGAGCGACAGAGACCCUUUUCCUUCAAAGUUUCCUCUGGAGAGAAACAGAUUCUGUUCCAGAAGGUCAACCUGACCCCUGUUACACCAGCCUCCAGCCACCAGAGGCCUGCUGAUGCAGAUCAAAGGGAGGGAGCUUCACCUUCCUCCCCAGAAGGGCAAGACCCCCCCAACCUACCGGCAUCUCCAUAUGUCCCCCACACAGCUAUCCUGGUGACAGGCGCCCAGCUCUGUGGGACAGCUGUCAAUUUAGAUCAGAUCAAAGACACUGCAUGCAAGUCCCUGCUGGGUCUGGGAGAGGAAAGGAAAGCCCACGGAGCAAAGAGCAAAAGCUCUCCGGACCGCAAAUCGGGGAAAACCAAAUCUCUCAGCGAGUCUUCGUUCUCCCCAGAUCAGUCGAGCGCAGCCGUGCUGGCAGAGUGGGCGAGUAUCCGCUCGAAGAUAUUUAAAGGGGUAGAGGAUGGCAAGUACGAUGAGUACCCAGACCCUCCGAGCAGGAGUCAGCCUCAGCUGGGCAGCGAGGAGCAGCCUCAGUUCUCCCAUACCAACCUCAGAAAAACAAUGUCCGCCAGUGCCAAGUUCUCCAUCACCCCCGCAAAGAAGAAGUUUGGAGACUCAAACAGAAACUCUGAGGCUUUUGCUGCAGAAAAUAAGGACGGAGGAGAGGAGGCUGCUCAAUCUGACAUUCCCCCAGCGGCCCCCCAGUCUCCGACCGUUAAAUGUCUCUCCCAGACAAGCAAAACUGUUCGGAUUGUUGAGAGGGGCUCGGAGGAGUACAUGUUUGCCAAAGACCUCCCGUCGUUCCUGGUUCCCAGCCCGGGGGACAAACCCGAGGGCUCCGAAGUCAAGAGCCGACUUCAGAGCAAGACGGAGGAGGGGCAGGCGCAGGGACAGGAAGGCGAGGAUAGCCCCUCUCCUUUUGGGAUUAAACUGAGAAGGACAAACUACUCCCUGCGCUUCCACAGCGAGCAGUCCACGGAGAAAAGGAAGAAACGCUACAGCGCCGGAGACAGCUUUGACGGAGUCCCAUCGCCUCUUACCCCGAUCGAGCCAGACUCCGAUGCCUCCUCGGUCUUUUCUGACAAAUCAAGUCCCACGUCGCCUCAGAAGGAGGGAGUAGUGGGCAAGUAUUUACACGCGUCCGCCUCUCCUGCCAUAACCCGGGGCAAGCCAGGCAAACCUACCAGCCCCACCGCGCACAACGACGGAGAGAAGGUCCUCUCCAAACCACCGCUCUACCGAAGGCCAGCGACGUCUCCCAAACCCUCCGGAGCCAGCCCAACGCCUCCUCCAUCUCCACUACCCAAAGCAGCCCACGGGUUCCCCUGUGAGGAGGCCACCCAGAGGAUGGAGAGUCCAGAUUCAUCCGUCCAAGAGCAGGCCUGGAGAAGCGAAGAGCCGUCCACGGUGGGCCAGCUGCAAAGAGGCAGCCACAGUCAUGUCCAAGGAGAGGAGGAGCCAAAGGAGAAGAGGUCUUUCUUCCCUUCCAUCAACAUCCCCUGGAGAGAGAAGGCAGACAGGAAGGCAGAGCUUAUGAGGCGAGAAAAACCUUCCUUACAGGCCAGACACUCACUGGACAGCGCAAGGGUGCAGGAGAAAGAAGCCGGGCCCUUAUGGAUUACCCUGGCCCUGCAGAAGCAGAAAGGCUUCAGGGAGCAACAGCAGAGCCGCGAGGAGCGUCGAAGCCAAAGAGAAGCCAAGCUAGCAGAGAAGCAAGCCAGGGAGAGAGACAGUGUCGCACUGGUGAGUCCCACAGAAGGCAAAGAGAGCGGCGGCACCAGUCCUUCCUCCAAACCUCAGACGCCAGAGGAACCCAAGAGGCCCGACAGCCUGCUGGGCCGAUUCGAGCGCAGGGACCCCCUGAAAAAGGCCAGCACCUUACCGAGCUCAGUCACAGUUGAGAUCUCAGACUCGACACCAUCGCCACCUGCUGUCAAGGACGUGUCGAAGCGGUUCCCCUCCAGCGACUCUCCCCAGGUGUCCACAGAGCCCGCCUGGCUGGCGCUAGCGAAACGAAAGGCCAAAGCCUGGAGCGACUGUCCACAGAUCAUCAAAUAAACCCCCCCCGAUGGCAGUUCAACACAGCAUGCAUUGAGAACGCACACUUCCCACGGAGCCCGAGGAUCACUUUCUGCCACCCCUUCCACAUGGAAACUCCCCCUGGAACACCACUGGCUGCUCGAACUAUCGUUUUUCAAGUCCGCUUCACUUUAAAAACUUCCCAGUAAAGCUGCAGAGAUACAUGUAGACGGCUGAUGAGAGAGCAUGCAUAUAUUGUAUCCAAUCACACCACUUCUCUGUCCCCUUAAAGACAAAAGUCCUCAGCAGCCAAUCACAACCAUGGCUGACCACCACAGUAGCCAACCUUUUUCUCUUUGUUAUGUUGGAGCCAACUGGGUCAGCGUGGCUGUAAUAAAUUCUGCGCUCCACACAAUGCAAGCUCCGAGGAACAGCGGCGCCUAAUCAGCAGAGGGUAUCCGUCUGAAUCGUGUUUUAAGGGCUACCAGUAAAAAUGAUGACCCAGCAUGGCCGCUCCUCUGGACAGCUCCUGGAAAUAUCACAGGCACCUUCUCUGCCCUCUUCCGUAUUAUUUAUGUACAGCAGCAGAUUUAUCUACACUGAGACUGUAACUGUAGCUUUUUUCUCUGAGCCUUGUUUGUUGGUUAAGGAGGGAAUCUUGUGUUUUUCUUUAGUAAUAAAAAAAAAAAAAAAAAUAGGGGAAAAAGAAGUCAUACCGGGAACAAGAAAUCUCACUGUGUCCGUGAUGACUGUGACAGACUGAUCGUUAUCCAGAUACAGAAUUACAAACUGGGGGACUUUAAGCUCCAAAUCCUCGCAGCUGUAUGACGACGGACUUUAGAGACGAACGCGACACCUGCUACUGUGCUUCUGGCAUGUCCUCCUGCAGGCUUACGCCUUCAGUUCUUCUCUAGCGCGAUCCCAUCACACAACACAGAAGCAUUUCCUGUAUGAAACAACGAUCCUCUUUGUUCUCAGUCCCGCCUUUUUCCCUCGAUCCUCUGUAAUUACGUAUCCGCUCUGAAAGAGGCCCAGAAACCUGAGUCACAUUGUUUCUAACUUUGGUUCGUGCACAAUAGUGUAGUGUACGCAGUGUUAUCUGUAACAACAACAACAAAAAAAAAACAUUGUUUGGUAUUAUUUGCACUUUUUGUCCCACUUAGAGAUGUUCAUGAGAAAGUUCUUUAACAGAUCCGAAAUGUUAUCAAUAAUGUAAAUUAAAUACUGAUGUCUGAAACGAA